ACGCCUCUCCUCUCACCAAAAUUCACAAUUCGAUUUUCCCUUUUUUAUUUCCUCUCCUUCCUCCUCUCGGAUUUCUUCCUCAAGUUUCCGCUUCUCGCUACCGGAGAAUCCCAAAUCUCUCCCGCGCUUUAUCCUCACCGGCUUCGUCGGGAUCUCUCUCCGUCAAUCAAUUUUUUUUAAUCUCCGGUGGCGUUUGUGAAUGGUGGAAGCUAGUCCGAUCUGUGGUAAUUUUAGGCUCUCCCUUUCAAUCCAAAGGGCGAGCUUCUUCAUCCCUCUGUCUUCAGACUCUGUUUUCGCAUUCGGAUCUUGCAAAGAAGGCUGGUACUACCGUUGCCUCGGCGUCGACCCCUGAAUCUCCCCCUUCCGAUUUCGCUGCCGGAGAACCCUAAAAGUCCCCGAUCCCUUUUGAUCCUCUUUUUCCGAUUAACAUUGUCUGCAUCUGAUUUUUUUGUGUUUUGUUUUGGGAUUGAUUUUGGUAUUUCGAAGAUGUUGCUGUACAACAAGCAGAAGAAGAAAGAGAUGGUUAAGGGAAACAGAAUCUUAAUCAGCGUCACGUUUCUGGGUAGCGCCGGUCCGAUCCGGUUCGUGGCUAAUGAAGGAGAUCUCGUUGCUUCUGUGAUCGACACUGCUCUUAAAUGUUACGCUCGUGAAGGUCGUCUUCCGAUUCUCGGAUCCGAUUUCAACGAUUUCCUCUUCUAUUGUCCCAUGGUUGGACCUGAAGCACUAAGUCCAUGGGAAGCGAUUGGGUUGCUAGGAGCGAGGAACUUUAUGCUGUGUAAGAAACCAGAGGAGAAGAAGGUGGAGGAAGGCAAUGGAAGAUCGAAUUUCCCCAUUAAUGGCUCUAGAAAAAGAGCUGGUGGAAGCUUUAAGGCCUGGAUUAACAAAUCUUUCAGUCUUAAAGUGACUACUCACUAAACUUGUCUUGAAAUGCUCAGACUGGUUUGUGUCUUUGUUUCUUUGUUUUCUCAUUUCGAAAUAAUGAUUUGCUUCUUAUGUUCCGUUAAAACCUGUGUUACUCUCUGUUCUUUGAUUUUCUCAGUUUGAGCUUUUGAUCAAGUUCUUCAUAUAAUUCCAUUCCAAGUUCUUUUUU